AGUCAAAUUGUCUGACGGUCAACUUGCAGGGCGAUCAACUUGCAGGACGGUCAAUUUGCAAGACGGUGAAAUCGUAUACAGCUGCCUGUCAAAGUUUUUAGGUUAGAAUUCUACGUUUGAUAAAAAUAAUAAUCUCUGAUUCUGCAUUUUUUUAAACUGUGAAUUCUGUUGAUUGCAAUUUGUGUUUCAUCAAUUGUAAUAUUCCUUUCUUAUUAAACUUAUUUUUCAAUCAUUAUUGAGCUUUGUUAGCACAGAUAAUUAUUUGUUUGCUGGUUCUAUCAUGAACUAAGUGCCCAAAAUCAAGUUAUAUUCAUCAUCUGAUUACCUCAGACCAAUUUCAAAGUAUAUAAACGUUCGUAUUGUUGUCUGCAUACAUUCAAAAUGAAUAACACAAUCACAAUUUCCCAAAUUCGUCCUAAAAGUAUACUGGACAAGUCUCUGAGCAAAGGUAGAGGCGAAGUUAGUUUGAGCUGUUUUGCCCUUCUAUUCUGUGAACUAGUUCAGUAUUGUCAGAAUAGAGUCUACACUGUGCCAGAGCUGCAAAACAAAUUAGCUGAAAUGGGGCAAGAAGUUGGUGUUAAACUUCUGGACCUAUAUUUUGUUCGAGAGAAAAAUUGCAAGAGAGAAAAUAAAUUGCUGAAUAUGCUGCUCUUCAUCAAAACUACGCUAUGGAAGGGUCUUUUUGGAAGAGAAGCUGAUAAACUGGAGCAUGCCAAUGACGAUGAGAGAAUCUAUUACCUAAUUGAGAAAGAACCGUUGGUAAACCGUUACAUUUCCGUACCAAAGGAUAAAGGAAAUCUCAACUGUGCUGUAUUCAUCGCUGGCAUUAUAGAGUCGAUUCUCAACUGCAGUGGCUUUACCGCAAAAGUAACUGCCCAUUGGCACAAGGGAACAACUUACAUGGUGCAGUUUGAUGAAUCAGUUAUCGCAAGGGAUAAACAGAUGGAAGAACGCUGAACGUCAUGAACAAUCACCAGAAGCCGUUCUCUAAAAUUCACAUAUUAUUUCAUCAAUUAUUCUUUGUAUCACGGACUUGUACUCAAUAAUCAUGAUUCCAAAUCAUAGUCGUACAAAACAUAUUGAAGACAUGUUAUUCUAAGUUACUUCAAAAGUUCUCAAAACUAUACUUAGUAACAAUGGCACGGUUGCACAGAAGCCGGUUAAAUUUUAACCGUGAUUAAUUCUUCAAGAACAAAUCAGAGAAGGCGUUUUUGAAAAGACGGCUUAUCUUAUUGGUUCUCGUGAAAUUAAUCACGGUUAAAAUUUAACCGGCUUUUGUGCAACCGGCACAAUGUUUUGUGCUUCAAGAUCAGACAAUUUUAAGUGUUAAACCAAGAAUAAUUGGACUUUCCAUUACACUUUCGAAACAGAGUUCUGUAAUUUAUUCAUAGAAAAUAGAAAUAUUAUAUUUUAUCAAAUAGUAAGGGCUUAGUCUUUUUUUUAUUCACAACCCUUAUGAUUAUAAAUAUGUGUUUUGGCAUUGAUGAAUAAAUGAAUAUUCCUUGGAAUGCUAGUUCUCAAUAAAUAUUAUCUCAUAUUACCUGCAUUGGCAUUGGCUACCUGCUGUUAUAUAAAUAAAUAGAUAAAAUAAAUAGAGAUGAUAGAAAGACAAAUAUGUUCAAAUAUGUUAAGGUACUUAUCAAAUACAUUCACUUGUGCAAAUGUAAUAAAAUUAAAUGAAUUACAAGUUCAUCCGUCAGAGAGAAUUUAUUGACUUUUUGUCUAUGUAUAAUAUAAUUAAAUUCAUUAAAAUCUCUACUGGAAAA